AUGACGACCGGAGAGCCUGAAGACACUGAGACAUGUGGAGGACAGACGAAGGCAGGACGGGGAGAUGGAGGAGGAGGGAACACGAAGCGUCCUCUGUCUUUCACCACUCUCAGCACUAUCGCUAUCCAGGCCGGCCAAUCACUGAUUGUCGUCUCUGUCCUCAGGAGUGGGUCUCUGGUCCACCUCCAGCUGGUCCAGGUCCAUCCAGGCCUCUGUGAGAUCGGAUCGAACCAGGAGGAAAACCAGACGCUGAUUCAGGAGCAUCAGCAGCUGAUGGAGAAACUCAAGAAACAUGAGAAGGAAGUGCUGUCUGUGGUGGACAAGAGACAGGAGGAAGAGGAGCAAGUGUACAAGGCCAUGGGGGCGUCUCUGAACGAGGGGUGGUCGCUGCUCCUCCGUCUGCUGGAGAGACGCCAGGAAGUCCUGACGCUGGCUGCAGACUUUUACCACCGAGCGCUGGAGUUUGCUGUCAGUAUCGACGGAGUUGAGGAUCUGCAGAUCCGACCGGACGACGACCGACUGGCUGCAGCGCAGCUCACGUACGACUCCAUGAGGAGAGAUCUUCUGGGAAAGUCCCUGCAGGUUUUAACCAGCAGCAGCGUUCUGAUGCAGAAACUCAGACGGCUGCAGAGGACCGAGGCCCUCCAGAGGAGAGGAGGAGUCCUGCAGGACCAGGAGGACGAGGAGGACGAGAGUUCCCAGAGUUCCCGGAGCAGCAGGGGGGUGGCGUUACGGCUGGAGGAGCUGGUGGAGACGCUGCAGGAUCGGAGGAGGAGGGCGGAUCAGGCUGUCAGGCUGCAGCUCCAACAGGCGGAGAACGGCAUCAUGGUCCACAAGGAAGAGUCCAGAGAGGCCGGCCCUGAUCACUGGAGUCUCACUGUGGAGAAGAUCCUGGACCAAGACCUGCAGUCUGGAUCCACACCAGCAGAGAGCCCAGACCUGAAGACAAGAGAAACCAGUGACGUUGAACCUGGACCCAGGUUAGAUCUAAAACCUGGAUCCAGAUCAGAGGAGACCAAAAACCCACAGCCAAGAUCUGGAUCCAGAUCAGAGGAAAAUACAAACCUGAAAACUGGAUCCAGAUCAGAUCUGAAGCCUGGAUGUAGACCAGAGGAGACCAGGGAUCUUCAGUCAGGAUCCAGAUCAGAGCAAACCAAAAACCUAUGGCCUGAAUCCAGAUCACAGGCCACCAUAAACCCACAGCCUAGAUCCAGAUCAGAGGAAAGUCCAAACCUAAGAUCUGGAUCCAGAUCAGAGGAAAAUACAAACCUGAAAACUGGAUCCAGAUCAGAUCUGAAGCCUGGAUGUAGAUCAGAGGAGACUAGAAACCUGCAGCCUGAAUCCAGACUCGAACAGACCAAGGACGCACAGCCUAGAUCCAGAUCAGAGGAGACCAGAGACCUUCAGUCAGGAUCCAGAUCAGAGUCGCUGUGUCUUUGUGUUCUGACUCCAGAUCUUCUGGGAAAGUCCCUGCAGGUUUUAACCAGCAGCAGCGUUCUGAUGCAGAAACUCAGACGGCUGCAGAGGACCGAGGCCCUCCAGAGGAGAGGAGGAGUCCUGCAGGACCAGGAGGACGAGGAGGACGAGAGUUCCCAGAGUUCCCGGAGCAGCAGGGGGGUGGCGUUACGGCUGGAGGAGCUGGUGGAGACGCUGCAGGAUCGGAGGAGGAGGGCGGAUCAGGCUGUCAGGCUGCAGCUCCAACAGGCGGAGAACGGCAUCAUGGUCCACAAGGAAGAGUCCAGAGAGGCCGGCCCUGAUCACUGGAGUCUCACUGUGGAGAAGAUCCUGGACCAAGACCUGCAGUCUGGAUCCACACCAGCAGAGAACCCAGACCUGAAGUCGGAUUCCAAAACAAAAGAAACCAGUGACGUUGAACCUGGGCCCAGGUUAGAUCUAAAACCUGGAUCCAGAUCAGAGGAGACCAAAAACCCACAGCCAAGAUCUGGAUCCAGAUCAGAGGAAAAUACAAACCUAAGAUCUGGAUCCAGAUCAGAGGAAAAUACAAACCUAUGGCCUGAAUCCAGAUCACAGGCCACCAUAAACCCACAGCCUAGAUCCAGAUCAGAGGAAAGUCCAAACCUAAGAUCUGGAUCCAGAUCAGAGGAAAAUACAAACCUGAAAACUGGAUCCAGAUCAGAUCUGAAGCCUGGAUGUAGAUCAGAGGAGACUAGAAACCUGCAGCCUGAAUCCAGAUUCAAACAGACCAAGGACGCACAGCCUAGAUCCAGAUCAGAGGAGACCAGAGACCUUCAGUCAGGAUCCAGAUCAGAGGCUGAAGACCUCAACCUGUCGGACCUGAGGAGGAAACAGGAAGAGAGCAAACGGCACAGAGCUGCUGCUACACCUGCCGCCAGCAGGCAGGCAGCGAGGCUGGAGGGCAUGCUGGGAAAAGAGACUCAAAGUGGAGAAGACCACACCCACCAAGCCCUUCUGACCAAUCAGAGGCAACAGCUGCUGUCGUCAUGUGAACUCCUCGUGGACAAGAUCUGGAGCUGGCUGCAGCAGGGCGGCAGUGUGUUGGCUAACAGCUGUGAAGCAGGACGGCAGCUCUCUGAGGCCGAAGACACUCUGAACACACACCUGCAGCUGCACACACAGGCUGAGUCUGCAGGUCACGAUGCAGAGAACAUGAAGCAGAUCCUGGAUCAGAUCAGAGCUCUGCACACAGAUUCAACCAGCACGACCAGUCCCCAUCCUCCCAGUGAACCCAGCAGACAGAUGUCCCCUCUGAAGGCCCUGACAGAGCAGCUGAAGAGAGGCAGCCAGACCAGAACCAGCAGCGCUCAGCCCGGUCCACCUGCCGCUGACCCAAACGGUUUACCGAGUCCAGAACUCGCUGGGCGAGUUAAUCUGAUCUUGAAGGAGCUGCAGAGUCUGAACAGAAAGAUCGACUCAAACCUGCAGCUGCUGCGACCCUACGUCACUUUCCUCAGGACGGCGCAGCAGGUGGAGGAGGAGCUGGAGGAACUGAGGGAGAUCUACAGAAGGAGACAGGAGGAGGAGGAGGAGGAGGAGUGGGAAGCUGGUAGCGGUAACAUCAGGACAACCACCAGUUCCAGGUCACACACAAAGAAGACGCAGCAGGAAACGCUACAGAGGUUCCUCAAUGUUCAGGAUCUGGGAAACAACUACGUCCAUGCUGUUAGAACGGUGUCUGGAGCAGGGUUGAACCUGCAGUCUGUGGUGUCGAUGGUGCAGCAGACGAUGGAGCGACUCAGCAGAACCAAAGAGGAAGUGAACGAGCUGCUGAGUCACCAGCAAAUCCAGACCCAGCAGCAGCAGGAGUCCUGUAGAAAAUACCGGGAGAGACUGCUCAAGGCCCUGCAGGACUUGAACUGUGUCUCUAAACUGUUGGACUCCUGCACUCUGAUGGAUCUGGGUUCAGACCUGCACACCUCCAGACUGCUGGAGCACUUCAGCCAGGCCAGACCUCAUUUUACACAACUAGACGCUGAGGUUGAGUACCUUGAGAGGAACCGGGAGACUCUGAGACGAGUCCAGGACAGGCUGGAGGUGAAGGAGUCAAAAGGAAGAGAAGUGACGGAGGAUGAUUUGUCAGAGCUGCUGGAGCUUCAGGAGAGAGUGAAGAACAAGAUCCAUCAGAGCGAGUCGAUCCUGGACCUGGCGAGCAGCUUCCACCUCUCAACCAAACAGCUGGAGGCGCUGCUGCAGUCAGACCCUUCAACUGAUUCCACUGGUUUAUGUGGAUCCGGUGAGGCUGGGCAGAGUCGACACAGAGAGCUGCAGAUCCAGAGUCUGUUUAAAACGGCUUCAACACUGAAGACAGACAUCUGCACCGCCAUCGACCACAGCGGCUGGACAUGUUUCAGAGUGGAGCAGCUGGAGACUCGUCUCCUCUCUCUGGACUCUCUCCGUGUGUCGUGGCUGAAUGAAGCGGCUCGCCGUGAGGAGAAGCUCCGCAGAGAGACGCUCACCCGACUGCUCAACGGCGACGUCAACCAGCUUCGUGACUCCUUCAAGGAGCUGAAGAAGCGCUUCAGCAACCUGAAGUUUAACUACGUGAAGAGAAACGACCGGAGCAGGAACAUGAAGGCUGCCAGGAACCAGCUGCAGCAGGUGGAGAUGUACGACGAGAAGCUGCAGGCGCUCAGGAAACGUCUGCAGGGUGUGACGGCCCGGCUGGGGUCAGAGGUCAAAGACGGGGGCGUGGCCCGGGAGGUGGAGGACGCCAUCAACGAGCUGCAGAGGCAGAUGGGAGAGUUUGAGCGAGGUGUUGGCGAACACCAGAAAACACUGGAAAUGACCUGCAGACUGCAGCAGGCCAUGGAGGAGUAUCAGUUCUGGUGCGAGGAGGCGAGCGCCACCAUCGCUCGCGUCGGGAAGUUCUCCACCGAGUGUCGCAGCACAGAAGCCGUCUCCGUCCUCUACCGGCAGUUUGAGAAGUUCGUCUGGCCGACGGUUCCUCAGCAGGAGGAGAGGAUCAGUCAGAUCACGGAGCUGGCUGUCCGACUGCACGGGGUGGAGGAGGGGCGGCGGUACAUCGAGAAGACGGUCAGUAAACACUCGGAGAUGGUGGAGUCCAUCAGACAGCUGAGUGAUGGACUGAUGCAGCUGGAGGCCGAACUGAAGCUGGAGAGUCUGAAACAGCAGCAGAGCGACGGAGAGAAAGAGAUAAAGGACGAGACGGAGAGAAGGAGAGAGGAAGAAGAAGAAGAGAAGGACGAAGAGAAAGAGAAGCAGAAGGAAAACAGAAAGAUGAAGGAGGAGGAGGAGUCAGAUAACCGCAGCUCACAGGAGGCGGCUGACAUGUACGAGAUGAAGGAGACAGGCCACACCCCCGAACUGACCGCCGAACACGAUGGGAAGGAGGUUCCCAUGAAGAGGCAGACUGCAGCCAAUAGGAAGCCUCCGUUACGGAAGAACCGCAGUCAGGAGGCAGAGAGCAGUCACAAACAGCAGUUCUACAACGAGAGGUUGACCUCCUCCUACUGCUCCACCCACACCUUCAGCUUCUCCUGCUCCCCUGUGGAGGCCAACCGACGGAUCCACGCCAUCCAUAGCCACUCACAGCCUUUCGCUAUGGAGCCUCAGACCACGCCCCCUCCCUCUGUGAUUGGCCCGUCGUUCUCUGACAUCCAGAGAGAGUUUCAGAGGAAGGAGAAGCCCGACUCUGCUUCCAGUGGAUCAAACAUGGCACCACUUCAGGAUGCAUCAGCAGGAGCCCUGUCGGAGGCGGAGCUCCAGCAACAGGAGAUGAUGACGGAGGAUUCUCUCUCCAAUGAUGAAUACGAGUGCGUGUCGCCUGACGACAUUUCUCUGCCGCCGCUAGCGGAGACACCAGAGUCCUUCAUGGUUCAGUCAGACGUGGAGGAGGGCUUCUGUUUCAGUUCCCACAGCGUCCACGUCAACCAGUACAGCCACCAGUACCGUGCCCAGUCAGAACACGGUGGGGCCGGUACGGUCCGACAACAGAGAGAGUCCAGCAGGAGUUGUCCAACUCCUCCCACCGGUCCUCACAGCAACACCAGGUUCAGAUCAGAGUCCAGUUCGUUUGUCCAGAGUCCUGUAAUGGUUUCUGCUCCAAGCCUGGUCACCAGCAUACUGAAGACUGUAGAGAGCAGCACAGCCAACAUUCUGGGCAGCUCUGAGCCUAGCUUCCCCUCUGGAUCUAACCUAGGCCACAAAAGUAACACCCAAGACAGUUGCUCCAACAAGGACGACGUCCCUGAGAAGAGGAGCCCCUCACAAACUAAUCACAACAGUCAGUACAGGUAUCCUCAGAGGAGUACAGAUACCCAGGGUAAGAACAUCCAGAAUGUUGCAUCCAAAGGUAAGACGUUGCCAGAGACUGAUCCCAUUCCCCAGGCUGCAGAGCUAAACCACAGCCCCACCCUCCCCCAGUCCAGCUAUUGUCCUCAGCCCUUUGAUGGUCCAGACCAUGAUCCCUGCAAGGACAAGACCCCUCCACAAGACACCUGGAUCCUCAAAUGCAGCACUACUUUUCCUCAAGACAACAGUUUCCCACAGUCCUUUCCUGAGUCUGAGCGUGACCUCAAUCAGGACUUAAAUUUCUUCCAAACUAGGAAGGAAACAUUCCCACUCACCAAACUUCAAAGGGACAGUGUUGCCAACAUCAGCACCAGUACAAUCAGCCAGCAGACCAUUUAUUUCAAGUCCUCCCCUUCAGUCAAUAGUAGCACCUUGCCCCAGGCUAGCAGCAGCCUCAGUUCACCCCAAGAAUGCCCCGUAUCCCAGAAUGAGACCAUGCCACGGGUCGAUCCGGUCCCCCAGGCCAGAGGGUUUGCUCAGAGCCCCAGCCUCACAGACUCUGUUCUGCUUAAAGACAGAGCCAGAGACACUGGGCUCCUCAAAUUCCGUGCAACUUGCCCACAAACCAGCACAAUCAUCCCUCAGGACAACAUUCUUCCACAGUCUUUUCCUGAUUCCAGGAGUGGUGUUGAUCUGGAUUUACUUUCCUCCCGAACCUGCAAGGAAACAUCCUCAGUCUCCAUUCCCCAAAGCAGCAGCCUUAAUACAACCACCGUCACCCAACAAACCGUUUACCGUCAGUCCUUCCCUCCAAACAGUCAGUGCGAUGUGCCGCCGGCUAGCAGCUCCUUCAACCAGGCUGGUGGAGGUCUACCUGAGGUCCACGCCCCCAUUCUUUCAGAACCAAACCGUGUCAGCACCAUCAUUACAUCCAGCAGUGCCAUCAACAGCACUAACAGAUUCAGCAGCAAGCAGAGCCACCAGACAGUCUUCUCCCCCCAUAAGUCCCUGACCUCCACCUGUACCCAGCAGUGUGUGCAUGACUCUGGCAUGACCCCCAGCAGCACUGCCAAGCCCGCUGCUCCUCCACAGCCAGAAGCACAGACCCAAGCUUUGGCCCGGCAGGCUAAUCUGCAUGUCACCCCCCUUUCCUCUCCACCUCAUAUACUAACUCCAGACCAAGACUCAAACAUUUGUCAGCCCAUGGCCAUCCGUGAGGAGAUCAGGCUUACUCCUCAGAUCCAAGGGCCUGCCCUUCCUGCUCCUCCUCCUCUUCCCCAGGCCCAGGCAGAGUCUCUUCCCCAGGGAAAAGCCUCUAAACCUGGCCCUCCCUGCUUCACCAGGCCCCUGUCUAGAGCUACCGUCAUGGGGGGCUCUCCAGUGACACUAGAGGUGGAGGUGACGGGACAUCCAGAGCCCGCGCUCACCUGGUUUAAAGAUGGAGACGCGUCCGCCGCCGGCCCCGGCCGAGCACCGGCCCGCGAGGACGAGAAACACUUCCUGUUUAUCCCAGAGGCGUCUGACUCAGGUGGCGGGUUAUACGAGGCCGGGGCUGCCAACCAUCACGACCCGCGGCGGGCAGCUAACAGCAGCAGCAGUGAUAAGUGGCUGGUGGCCGAAGUGUUUGAUAUCAUCAGUGAGGACUGGCAGACCUGGUUUGGGACACUGUGUGUUGUGCUGUGGCUCCUCUGCCUGAUAGUACUCUGAGAACUCUUUUCCACCACGGGAACUUAACGACCUGAAACCACAAGAACCUGCAAGGCUUUGGUGUUUCAAACAAGAAUGUUUUGGAUAUUUGUCAUUAAAAAGGCAACAUCAGGCCAAGUGUUUAAUUUUUAUGUGCUUUUGGUAGGAAAGUGCAGAAAAAAGUGUGGCCAAUAUUUGUUUUCUUUCACAUUUGCACAUCCUGACUUUUAAACAUCAGUAUCAUUAAUGGCAGAGGAGGAGAGGACGCUGACAGAGGAAGCUAAGAAGACAAAAAGAGAGAGAGAAAAAGAAAGCUGUUGGACGUUGGCGAGAGCUUCGUGAAGUUCCAGGUUGUUAAUUUGCUGUCAGAGUUUCUUAACCCUGGGGCCCAGACCCCAUGAGGGAAAGUUCAGAUUUGUAGGAUUGUUUAUUAAAACAUACUGUACGUAUUGGAAAUAUAUUAAUGGGUCAGAAAAAUGCACAUCAUUUUAAAAGGAAGAGGUCAGAACCGAUAUGGGACCUAAAAUCUGUGUAAAACAUCUGAGUUCAAUCUGAACAGAACUUAUAUGGAAGCUCAUUUCUGUCAAGAAAAAAAAACAAAUGAUGGAAAGUUAAAGAAUCAC